AUGACCGGGGACGGCAUCUAUUUCCUUGCAACCGCUGCACUAGCCCGCAAGGAGCCGCUUGCACUUAAGGAACUGCGACUCUGUGGACUACGGCGUGUCAGCGACGACAUGAUGCGAGUGCUCGGGAAGGCUGCACCAUACUUGGAGGUGUUGGACCUUAGCUACGCGCGGGACCUGCACAACUCGGGGGUGGAGGCCUUCGUGGCUUGCUCGGCGCCGGACUCUGCUACGGUGGAAGCGGUGCAGCUCACUGCGCGCGAGGCGGGGCGCGACCCGACUGACCCAGAGAUGUACUGGCGGCGCGUUACGCGCUUGCGGCAUCUCUCUCUGUCAUCGUGCAUCAUGUUGACGGACCACGCGUGCUCCCAUCUCGCGCAUGCUGUCCCGAAGCUCGAACUUCUCGAACUGGCCGGUAUCGGCACUGAGUUACGGGACAGUGGGCUCGUGCGCCUGCUGAACACUACGCCGUAUAUUCGGCGGCUUGACCUCGAGGAUGCAUCUGAGAUCACCGACGAUGCUCUCUUCGCUAUCACCCCGGACCCGGUCGAAGAACCAGCACGCCCGACACGCAUCCCGCCCCCUCCACAGCCAGGACACGCCCUAGAACACCUCGUCAUUUCCUACGCGUCGGAAGUGACAGCCCAGGCGAUGCUUGAUCUCAUAGCGUAUUGUCCGCGUCUGCGCCGCUUCGAGGCAGACAACACGCGCAUGUCGGGACACGUCGUGCGCGAGUUCGUGCGGCUCGCGCGUGAGCGCCACGUUCUCGACGCGCAGGUCGUCGCCGUCGACUGCCGCGGCGUGGGCGAGCAGACCGUGCGGGACCUCGCGGACCGCACGCGGCCGCGCAUUGGCUGGUGCGCGUUCGACGUGCGGCGGCUCGGCUUCCUCGACGCGCGCGACGAGGAGGAGCUUGGCGUCGGGCAGGACGAGUGCGAUCCCGCGCGCGUCGCGCUCAAGACGUUCUACUCGUGGCAGACGGUCGACGCUGUGCGCGCGGCGCGGGACAAGAAGCGCAAGGCGUCGCGUCGCACUGCAAACGUGUCGAGCAGCAGUAUGGAGGACUCCGCGGGUGCCUCUGCGGGGCGCGCCCACUGGUGGUCUCCCAGUGGCCGACGGUCGUCCGGGAUGCCUUCGCCCGUUGUCAUGGACAUGAGUAAUGACAGAGAAGGAUGUGCUAUCAUGUAG